AUGGACGGCGAGGGACCUUUGUACCGUUCGUGGAUACGUAGCCAUCAGCGCACUCCCUCUGGUUCCCGAGACUUCAAGGAAGCGACCAAGCGUGAUGCACUCGCUCGUUUGGCGGUGGAUCUCGAGCGCCUGAUCGCAUCAGUGCCAGAGAACAAGCGGCCGCAUGUCGAGAAGGAGUUCAAAGGGUUCAAGAACCUUUUUAGUCGAUUUUUGGCGGAACAGGGUCCAUCGGUAACAUGGGAGAAAAUAGAGAAGCUGCCAGAAGGAGCUGUAAUCGACUACUCCAGUUUGCUCACGCCCACCACGGAUAAUGUACACCACAUGUUGGACAAAUUAGUUGUGGUAAAGCUCAAUGGUGGGUUGGGUACUUCCAUGGGGUGUAAAGGGCCUAAGUCUGUGAUACAAGUGAGAAAUGAUCUCACGUUUUUGGAUUUGACUGUGCAGCAGAUUGAGCAUCUGAACAAAACCUAUAAAUGCAACGUACCUUUGGUUUUGAUGAACUCAUUCAACACUGAUGAGGACACGCAGAAGGUGAUCAGGAAAUACCAGGGUCUAAAGCUAGAGAUCCAUACCUUCAACCAGUCCUGCCACCCCAGGAUCAAUAGGGAAUCCCUGUUGCCUGUACCCAGACACCAUGAUGUCCAGUCUGAUAUCGACGCAUGGUACCCCCCUGGCCACGGAGAUUUCUAUGAGUCCUUCUACAAUUCCGGCUUACUCCAAAAGUUCAUCAAAGAAGGCAGAACAUACUGCUUUAUAAGCAAUAUCGACAAUCUUGGAGCCACUGUCGACCUCAACAUCUUAAACCUACUCCUCAACCCGGAUCCCCAAAAGAUCAUCUCAGAAUUCGUCAUGGAAGUCACCGAUAAGACCAGAGCUGACGUUAAAGGUGGUACCCUCAUCCAAUACGAGGAUAAACUCAGACUGCUUGAGAUAGCCCAGGUUCCAAAAGAACACGUGGACGACUUCAAGUCUGUCAGCCAAUUUAAAUUCUUCAACACCAAUAAUCUGUGGGCUAAACUUGAUGCUAUCCAAAGGGUAGUGGAACAGGGUUCCUUAAAUAUGGAAAUUAUCGUCAAUAACAAGCAUCUUUCUGACGGCCUGAACGUUAUCCAGCUGGAAACUGCUGUAGGUGCAGCGAUGAAGUGCUUUGAAGGUGGAAUAGGAGUCAACGUACCCCGAAGCAGGUUCUUGCCUGUAAAGAAGACGUCAGAUCUUCUGCUAGUGAUGUCCAAUCUGUACAGUCUGUGCCACGGGUCGUUAGUGAUGUCCCCACAAAGGAUGUUCCCAUCUACUCCUUUGGUGAAGUUGGGUGAUAAUCAUUUCGCGAAGGUCAAGGAGUACUUGAACAGGUUCGCGACGAUACCAGAUUUGAUUGAGUUGGAUCAUUUGACUGUUUCUGGGGAUGUUACUUUUGGAAGAGGCGUUUCUUUGAAGGGUACGGUGAUCAUCAUAGCGAACCACGGUGAUCGUAUAGAUAUACCAUCUGGUGCUGUACUGGAAAACAAGAUUGUGUCAGGAAACCUUCGUAUCUUGGACCACUAG